AUGAUCUCCGUGGCCACGGCCGCAGUGACCAACCGACUACCCCGGAGGCAUACACCUCUGCUCGGUUGGCUGAGGAUCUCGCUGCUGUGUGUGAGGUCCUUGGAGCGACAAAGCCCUAUCUUGCUGGAUGCCCUCAUCACUGCAGACGUCUGCGCCCAUUAUGGACCUGAAUUCAUCGCCGGCAACAUCCUCCUGGGCGGCGUGCCUUACAAAUCCGCUCACCCAGCGGUAGGAGACCAGGGGAUUUUUGACCUACUUCCGCGGCUUCUCAGCUCAGAGGUGGACGUAUUUUCCCAGGCCUGUAGAGAGAUGGUGAACUCGUGCUUCUCGCCUGGCUUUCCAGUCCCUGACGAGACAAAGUGGGCGUGGAUGGGCGUUGUCGCUGCUCAGACCCCGGCUGUCCGCUGCAUUGUAGCAACGCGGGAGCAGGACGAAACUGCUAUCCUCUCAGCUCGUCAUCGACUGCCAUUCCUUGUCAUCCAGGGCACGGCUGAUCGGCAUGUCCGCCACGAGGCGCUCGAAUCGUUUAUGCGGACGCAGUUCCCUGAUGUGUCUGAGUAUCAUCGCCUGGAUGGCGUUGGGCAUGCGUGUUUCUAUGAGAAGCCUGACGUGGUUGAUCGGCUGAUCGUCGAGUUUGUUCAGCGUGUACAAGGGACGCUGGCAGGGUAG